UUGAUCCAAUAAUGAACCAAGUCCGCAUAUUAGAGUGACGUAAAUAAAAACCCAGUGCUCCAGUGGACGAGGAGUGGUCAGAGACUGACUUCUGAGAAUUUCGUGAUUGUUUUUAAAGUUAAGGAUAGUCACGGCUCUAUAAAAGGCCUUUGUUGGCGAAGGACGGACUUGUGUUUGGGACGUGAGGGUGCUUGUGGAAGUCUUGUGAUGUAGAUGAAAGAUUGGCUACAAACACUGCAGUUGCAGCUGGGGCUCAUCAGGUUUUUCAUUUGUAAAAGCGAGUGGACUCCACUCUAGCAACACCAGACAGCCAUGCCCUUGCGACCGAGGGCUUCCUCUCAACCUGGAAGAGCAAACACCCUUCCAAGCCUUAAAAACAUCCCAGUCCUGCGUCCGAGAGCUCUGUCGUCUCACGCUCAGUCGCCUUUAGAAGAUGAGCUCUCUUGUCCGGUCUGCUGCGAGAUCUUCACCGAUCCCGUGGUCCUGAAGUGCAGCCACAGUUUCUGCCGCCUCUGCCUUCAGCAAUUCUGGAACAAGAAGGCGGCCAAGAGGGAAUGUCCCGUAUGCAGGAGGAAGUGUUCUCUGACGGAGCCCACCGUGAGUCUGGCUCUGAAGAACGUGUGCGAUGCCAUUGCACAGAAGCAGAAAGGACAAGCGUCUGCGAAAGCAGGCUCAUAUUCAGCCAACGGGACGUCCAAACCAGAGGCUCUCUGUGCCACUCACGGGGAGGGACUCAAAUUGUUCUGCCAAUAUGAUGAAGAGGUUCUCUGCUGUGUUUGUCAAACGUCCAAGAAACAUCAAGGCCACAGUGUGUGUCCUUUGGAAGAAGCAGCAAACGAUCUCAAGGAGGAAAUGCGGCAGAUUGUCAUCCCACUUAAGAAAAGUCUUCGAAGCCUCUAUGAGGCCAAACAGCAAUGUGAUGACAUAACUGUCCACAUCAAGAACCAAAGGCAACAGACAGAGAAACAAGUUCACGAGGAGUUUGAAGAGCUUCGGCAAUUUCUUCUGAAGGAGGAAGCUGCGAGGAUUGCUGUUCUGGCAGAAGAAGAAGAGACAAAGAAACAGACGAUGAAGAAAAAAACGGACAUAAUCGCUCGCGAUAUACUCAGCUUUUCUCAUGCUGUCAUGGCCAUUGAAAAUGAGAUUGCUAAUGAUGACAGCCUCUUUUUACAAAACUACAAGAAUGUCAAAAAGAGAGCUCAGAUAUCAUUUCACGAACCAGAAAAUGUCCCCAAUUCUCUAAUUGACGUUGCGGAGCACAUCACCUCCCUGAAGUUCAGAGUGUGGGAAAAAAUGCAGAGCCUGGUGGAAUACACUCCAGUGACAUUGGACCCCAACACAGCCUACCCCUGUUUGUCUCUUAGCAAGAGCCUGACGAGUGUGUCCAACACGGGGAUGAUGAAAGAGCUGCCUAAUAACCCUGAGCGCUUUGACCACUUUGUUUUUGUACUGGGCUCCAAGGGUUUCACCUCAGGAUGCCAUUCCUGGGAGGUGGACGUAGGCCAAAAUAAUGACUGGGUAAUCGGUGUGGUUAAAGAAUCAGUAGCCAGGAAAGGCAAAAUCUCAGGCUGUCCCGAUGGAGGAUUCUGGACCAUGGCUCUCUCUGAUGGGAAGUACACGGCCAUGACCAGCCCCCACACCCCAUUGCUCAACCUGAAGGGCCACCUGGAAAGGGUUCGGGUGAAGAUCGACUAUGAUGCCGGAGAGGUCAGCUUCUUUGACUCAGUUGGUGUCACACCUGUCUACACGUUUAACGACCACUUCACUGAGACAAUGUUCCCUUUUUUCUGUCCGGGGGCAAAUAUAAAUGGGAACAAUCCAGGGGCGCUGAAGAUCUGCCCCGUGAGGGUGGCAGUAUGGAACAGUGCCUCCUGGUGACGCUGGCUUUAUUUACAUAUUUCCGCUUCAGUUAUACAGUACCAGUCAAAGAUUUGGAAACGUUUACCUUUUAGUCUAUUAAAUUACUAUUUUUCCAGGUUUUAGAAUGAAGUCUGAAGACUGAUCUCUCACUAGCAUUUAUUCAGUGCCCGGGAACUCUUUACCAUUCCUUGGAGAGACUCAGCAAAGAUAAGCAUGCGCACUCUUUAUAGAGUAGCUUUCAGCCCAUGUUGUUUACGGUCUUAACGCAAACUGACCGUUAAUAAUUUUUCAAUUAAUUCUCAAACUGUCUACCCAAUAACUGUUAGUCUCCUAUUCCCCGCCAACAGUUAUUUAUCUUUUAAUUCAGUGGAAGCAUCUUAGCCAAAAGACAGAGAAUGCCUGCAAAUUUAAUUUCAGGCCUUUAAACAUAAUACUUUAGAUAAAUAGAUUUUAAAGCACACAAGAAGCUCAGUCAAGUCUAUCCAGACCUUUGAUUGGUAGUGUAUGAUGUUAGGUUUUAUGGACAGUUUGUUGUCUACCAAAAUAUAUGUUUGGAUAAUUUACUAAUAUACAUGUUUACCUCA